GGACUGUGUAUAUUUAUGAGUUAUGUGCUCUUGAUAUUCUAAAAAUAUAGCAGACGGUUUGUGACAGAUAUUAUAUUAUCUUCAGCAUGUCAGCGAAGCCGGAUGAAGAUAUUCUAAACCACAAUUAUGACCCUGCUUACCGUCAUUUGUUGAAAGCAAAAGAAAUCGCCCAGAAAGAGAAUGUCUCUCCGGAACUACUGUCGGAAAUUAACAGAGCAAUUGAACUGUAUCAACAAAGACACACGUACUGCGAAGGUCAAACCACUCAGCCCAGUCAAGCUCUGGAUACCUUGAUCAAUGAAACACUAUGUUACCCAUGGAAGGACGCCCACAAAAAGGGAGAGAUUUCUUAUGUGGCAAGUCCUAGGAUGCUUUCCGGAAACAAGGAGGUCCAGCUCAUAAAAUCCAUAACCAGUGCGAGCAAGGCCCGCAUGGCUUUAGAAAUCGGCCUUUUUACCGGAUGUGCGUCACUGGGCAUGGCGGAGGCGCUUCCGAAGGAUGGUAAAGUGGUCUCUCUAGAGAUUGACAAAGGCAUCGGAGAUCUGGCCAGGUCUUUUCUUGACAAAUCACCAGCAGGGCAUAAAGUAGAAAUAAUUGUAGGGCCUGCUCUAGAAAGUAUGGGAAAGUUAGCGGCGAAUAAAAUGAAGUUUGACAUUAUUUUCAUGGAUGCCAACAAAGAUGGAUAUGUUUCGUACUACAAGACCAUUUUUGAAAAGGAUUUGCUGGCUUCCGGUGGAACUCUUAUUGUUGAUAACGUUUUAAAAAGCGGCGAUCCAUACUCGGGGGAAAAAUAUGAAUCAAACUCGUGGGCAAUAUCAGAGUUUAAUGAAGUGGUUCUACAGGACGAUCGAGUUCAUAAGGUGAUGCUUCCUGUUCGAGACGGUAUUUAUCUCAUCAGAAGAACAGAGGACACGGGGGACUGGCUUCCUUGACAGCUACCUUAAAAUAAUAAAAACCCUGCGGAAAAAAAUUUUCA